AUGAGAGCGCUAGCUUAUUUCGGUGAGAAAACUAUCAACUUCACUAAAGACCUCCCUGAGCCUGUCAUUGGUGCCGACGACGAAUUAAUUAUCGACGUCAGCUGGUGCGGAAUAUGCGGAACUGAUUUACAUGAAUAUUUAGACGGCCCCAUUUUUUUCCCUAAAGAUGGCGAGCCUCAUGCCCUGAGCGCCUUGGAGCUUCCUCAAGCUAUGGGACACGAGAUGUCAGGGGUGGUGUCUAAAAUUGGUCCUGGCGUAUCGACGGUGAAGGUUGGUGACAGAGUGGUGGUGGAGGUUACCGGAACAUGCAAAGACGUUUACCGCUGGCCUAAAUCCAAGAGAUUCAAAGAGAAAAAAUGUGCCGCUUGUGCAAGAGACCUUUACAACAGCUGUUCUCAUCUGGGCUUUUGUGGAUUGGGUUGUGGCAGCGGUGGAUUCGCCGAAAAGGUCGUUACCAGUGAGAGCCAUGUGGUGAAGCUCCCAGAUAACAUCCCAAUGGAUGUGGCUGCUCUUGUAGAGCCGCUUGCGGUCUCGUGGCACGCCGUGCGCAUCUCUGGUUUGAAAAAAGGAGAUUCAGCUCUCGUUUUAGGAGCUGGACCAAUUGGUUUGGCAACUAUUCUUGCUUUGCAAGGCCAUGGGGCAGGUAAAAUCCUCGUUUCAGAACCUGCAGAAUUUCGCAGAGAACAGGCCCACAGUUUAGGCGUUGAGGCUUUCAAUCCCUUCGAUUUCGGCGACAAUGUCUUUGAAGAGUUGCGGAAAAGGGCUCCUGGUGGCGAGGGAUUCAAUUUCUCUUAUGAUUGUUCAGGGAUGAAGGCCACGUUUGACGCGGGGCUACAUGCUUUGACUUUCAGAGGAGUUGCUGUUAACAUCGCAAUCUGGGGUCACAAGCCUAUCGAUUUCUACCCAAUGUCUGUCACUUUACAAGAGAAGUUUGUUACUGGCUCGAUUUGUUAUACCAGAGAAGACUUUGAAGCUGUUGUGGCCGCGUUGCAUGAGGGAAGAAUUGACAUCGACAAAGCCCGGCACAUGAUUACCGGGCGCGAAAGAAUUGAGGACGGUUUCGACAGGGGUUUGAUGGAAUUGAUUAACAACAAGAAGAAUAUCAAAAUUCUGCUAACUCCUAAUAAUUUCAAAGAGCUUGCGUGA